AUGAGGCGGGCAUACCCCCGGAAGAAUGCAUCUUUCCGGUCAGAGGACAACCUGAUUUGGAUCGCUGAUAAUUGGGAGAACCUUCCCCCUCUCGAAGAGAUCAUAGACGGCGUUAACCUCUUCACAAAACAAUAUUUUCAACUUGGUUUUAUUCCCAAGGAGCAGUACCCGGAGCGCCUGCGCAAGGACUUGCGCUCAACUAGCCUAUUUCUGCUCAUGAGCAUUCUCAGUAUUUCAGCUCGACUCAGUCCCGCCUUCAAAGUAAGAUACGGAAACGGCGUCAAAGCUGCCGAGUACUUUAUGGAUAGAGCAUCGUCGAUUGCGUUUGAAGAGGUUUACCAGGAACCUACGCUGGAAAGAUGCCAAGCCUUUUACUUGUUGAGCAUUGCCCAGCAAGGCAGUGGAGAGCGCAACAAGAGUUAUAUCAAUAUGGGCAUUGCAAUCCGAAUGGCCAUUCUCAUGCAGCUCCAGCGAGAGGAAACAUAUCACGUUUCGAACCCGACACCCGAACUCAUCAUACGUGCCGAAUCGGCAAGGCGAACACUUUGGAUGUUAUACAGCCAAGACAAUUUGCAUUCGGGACCCUUGUCCCCCGUGUCGCUAUCCGCAUGUGACAUCACCACGCUUUUGCCCUGCGACGAAGAGGACUUUGCAAAUGGACAUGAGCCAAGAUCGCGAGCUGCUUUGGAAGGGACACCACCUGCUAUGGACAACCCCAAACUGAUACGAGACCCCAACCGGUCGCUCUUCGCGACUUUGAUGCAAGUUCAUUCUUGGUGGGGUCUCGUCGGACGACGUGCUGUCAGAUUCAGCAGAAGCCCGCGCCCUUGGGAUCCAGCAAGUGAAUUUUCGCAAACGGCCAGAAAAAUAAGGGAGUGGGAACAGAAUUUACCCCGGCAACAUGGAUGGAGCACCCAUCUUCUCAAACGGUACAAGGCGGAAAGUCAAGAGUUGGCCUAUUUGUGUGUGACAAUGAUGACGCGGUUGUCCAAUAUUGUUCUUCGCAGACCAUAUCUGAUAGAUAUCAUUAAACCAGAUGAAAAGGAUCACACAAAACAAGCCUUCUUCACGUCCAUGUCCGACGAAAUCUUCGCCAACGUGCGAUAUCUGUACGAACAAAUCGACGCCCAAUUCACCAACCGAUCUCCAGACGAGAGUGUCGGCGCACAAAUUGCCGCAUUUUGCGUGUACAGUUGCGGCUUAUUCUCAACCUACCUCUGCAAAUAUCCAACGAUAUGUCAAGACAAAGCCCUCGUUCGCGAUGGGCCAAUGAUGCUUCAAAGAACAAUCAACAUCCUGAAAGAAUGCCGAGAAGUAUGGCCCCUGGCAGCACGCUGGGUGGAAGCCCUCGAGAAGUUCUCCCUCGACCCGCAAUCGGCCACGUUUGGCAACGAAGGAAGCAUGGACGACGGGAAAGAUCCCAUUCCUCGUUUUAUACGACAGCUGCCGCCCCUGUUUCCCCCCUCGAGACCGGUUCGACAUCAACCGCCGCCUCCCCCAACAACGCUGCCAGAAGCAAACGUUCCGCCGCGGCCAAGAACCCAGCACGAACUGCCGUCGGCAUCAUCCAUCGGAUCACUGCCUUCCCAAAACGCCCCUUCCAACCCCGUCAACAACGGUCACCAGUUGCCCUCUCCUCCUCCGCAACAACAAAUCCAACCGCCACAGCUCCAUCAACCACACGGCUACCCAAACGCUUCCCUUCCAGCAACGAUGUCGCCACACGCGUGUCCUGACCAUCUCCAGCCCGCCCACGCAGGAGUCCAACGGAGCUCCCACAACAUGUACAUGCAGAGCCCAAUGGGCCGCCAAAACAUGGACGGCCUAGGCAUGCUCAUUGAGGCCUUUGACUCGCACCACCCGGGGCCGCCGGCUACCCACUACGGCGCGGGCGACUUUUAUCCGCAACUACUUGGCCCUGGAACGGAUGGGUUCGAGGGCGAAUUGCAGUUUUACAUUGACGGGCCGACGUCUGCUUGGAUGAACUGCAGUCCUUGGCUGGACGCGAUGCAAUAA